AUGAAACGGGUUGGGCAGUUGAAGUCUACCCUGGCGAAGGCCCCAGACCCCCCCGCGGUCGCGGCCGAGCUGGCACUGCUGUACCUUGUACUCUCCGACCAAAGGGGUGCUUUGAAGAGCUUUCAGCUGGCCGCCAAGCCAUCUCCUGAACGCGUCCCGACGAAGGAAGAGACGGACAAGAGGGAGAUGCAAGAGCGCCGACUGAUGUUGCUUAACAAGGACCGGAGAGCCGAGGCUCUCGCCCAGCUGGAGGCCCAAGACGCAGAGAGGGAACGAGAGCGCGAAGCAACCGAGCACGCCAGGAGGAGAAAGGCGGCCACAGGAGUCUACCGGUGCCUCCUGGAGAUGAAGCAGCCCGUCCAGGCGGCGGAGGCUGCGAGAGCGAGGCUCGACAUGUGCGAGACGCGCGAAGAGCGCCAGCAGGUCGAGACGGAAAUCCAUGAGACGUUGCUCAAGUACGAUGGUCUAAUCGAGCCGGAAGCCACGAACCAAGGGGCGUGGCUCACGGAAUCCGCGGGGGCUCUGUCGGACCUUCACGCGGACGUGCUCCGGAGUCUGACCGGCUUUUCCAUGCACGAAAAAAGUGCAUCUCCAUCAUCUUGCUGGGGCACCUCUUCCUCAGGAGGAGCAAUGGAAGCGGUAGACGACCCGGAAGAGGGAUCGUGUGCACCAGGAAUGGAAAUCAACCACCGGGGAGGCGGCGUGGAAACAACAGGAAGAGCCGUCGGUGUCAGCGCGGACGGUUACCGAGGGAACAAUCUGCUGGAGGGCGGUGACAGCACACUGACCAAGGAGGGCGCCUUCUCAGCUACUGUCUGUGAAGGGGCGGGUUCCAGCAGGGGGUACACGUGCGGCGGCAACGGACCGCGUGAUGUUGCGGCAACAACGGCAGAAGUCGCCCCCGAUAGAAUGAACAACGCCGAGGAGGAACGAGACGUAAGAAGGAGCAGGCUGCAGGACCUCGGGCAUCUUCUCGUUCGCAAGAGGCAGUUUACCGCUAGUAGACAGGCUUUCGACGAUGCCAGGCGUGGCGGUCCCGACGAGGCUUCACUACGGGAGCGGAACAAGGGGCGAACUCCCGGUUUCUUUAUCGAUGGCGCUCUUGAGGAAGCGUCCCCGAAGAUUCGUCUGGAGCUAGACUCCAGGUGGCAGGGCGGGGUGGAGACCGAUGAUAUCCGUCGUCGCGCACUCGCCAACUUCACGGGUUUCACGGGGCUCCACCGGGGAGCCGAGACCCUCGUGGCCGUGGUGCCGGCGGCGGGGUGGGCGGACGGCGGCAACGCUAUCGCUUCCGAGAUCGCGUACGCGGAGCGCCUCUCUAGGUCGAGGAUUCAGGUUGAUUCGCUGCAGCAGCAUGUACGGACGGGGGGGGGAGCUACACGUGGCAUCGGCGGGGCGGGGGCGUGUGUGGCAGCCGGCAGAGCUGGUGGCGCCGGUGCAAAGCAGCCAACCGCCGCCGCUUCGGGGCUCAUGCUGCGCCACUUGGUACCAGCGAAGGAUGUAAUCGCUAAUAUACAGAUGUGA